AUGGACUACGAUGCCUACGAUGCUCUUCUUCACCACAUCUUCAAGCAGACCCAGGGUGAUGCUUGGUUCCGGCCAGAGGAGAACGUCACCUCUGGUGUCUGUCUCCGUGUCCAGCCAGGUCAUUUUCGCCUCUUCCCGUACGAGGAGGAGCAGCUGGCUCCUUUUGAGGCAGCUGUUCGUAGCCUUAAUCCCGUCGUGGCCGUUAAACUACGCAGUGCCGCCGUGCAUGCUGCACUUGCAACGAUAACGGAUAACGCAAUUGCCCUAUAUGUCGACCAUGAUACCCGCAUUCAGGUUCUUGACACCAUGGGCGAACUGCCCAGAGCCGAAAAGGAACAGUGUGGCGCCUUCAUAAGGGAUGAGCGUGUACUCGUAUUGUGGUCCGACAACCUCGAUAACAUGAUCCCACUCUGCCACGACUUUGAAGAUAAGCUCAUCAAGCUUGUCUGGAGAUCGCGUGGCCUCGCGUCUGCUCCGUCCUCUACCCCUGCUACCUCGCAAUUUCCUUCCAAUCGUGCAUCUGCAGAAAACCUCAACGCCGAUGCGGAGAAGACCAAAGAAUCCGAGGAAGUGAUCCCAGUAACACAGAGGGAAUUAGAUAAUCGCAAGAAGGAGAAGAAGUCCAUGAGUUGGUGGAUGCCGAGCUGGCGUCUAUCGGGAGCGAGACCAGACCAGGAAGGCGGUGAUCCUGAGAAAGCUGCUAUCCGGCACAGGCGGGUAAGAUUACUUGCCCCUGCGUACAACGGCUUUGGCGUUGCACUCUCUCUUUUCUUCAUCGGAUGCGGUGUCAGCAUGCUUCUUCAAGAAAGCCUCUUGGAUGACGAUUGGUCGCGUUUUGCUUUGCUCGCAACAGCGCCUUUUACAUUUUGCGUUUCGCUGUUCUUUGCCUUGCAGAUUGUUGGAAACCUUGGCAUGAUACUUGGGCCAAUCGCUCAAUACCACGAAAACUCGCGAUACUAUUCUGCCGUCAAGCCAGGACCCAACAAAGAGGUCGACUCGGCUCUUCCGCACAUCAGCAUUGAGCUUCCGGUGUACAAGGAAAGUCUCAAGGAAGUGAUCGCACCCUCUGUAUACUCUAUCAAGAAGGCAAUGCAGACAUAUGCCCGCCAGGGCGGCACCUCCGCCAUUUUCGUGCACGAUGAUGGAUUACAGUUGCUCAGUCAAGCAGAUCGUGCGGAGCGCAUCUCAUUCUACGCGGACCACAACAUCGGCUGGGUCGCGCGUCCGCCGCACUCGGGUGCCCCGGACGGGUUCAAGCGCGCGGGGCGGUUCAAGAAGGCGUCGAACAUGAACUAUGGGCUUGCGCUCUCGCUCAAGCUCGAGAGACACCUCAAAGAACUCGAGGCUGCGGAGGCACGCGGUGAGCUCGAGGAGGGCGACGACGAGUGUCUUGAGGAUCGGGCCAUGAACAUGGCUGUCGAGGAUAUGUUUGUAGAGAGUGGAAAGCGGUGGAGGCCGUGGGCGUGUAAUGGAAAGUCGAUCCGUGUUGGGGAGAUCAUCUUGCUUGUGGACUCGGACACGAUCGUCCCCGAGGAUUGUCUCCGCGAUGCUGCGCGCGAGAUGGCUGAGAGCCCCGAGGUUGGGAUCAUCCAGCACGAGUCAGACGUCAUGCAGGUCGCACACCACUACUUCGAGAAUGGCAUUGCGCAUUUUACGCGGAGAAUCAACAGGUGUAUCUCGCUCGGCACCGCGAACGGAGAGGUUGCUCCUUUCGUGGGGCAUAAUGCGUUUCUCCGGUGGUCCGCUCUCCAGGACGCGGCUUUCAUUGAUGGGGACGACGGCAAAUCGAAGAUCUGGUCCGAGUCGAAUGUAUCAGAGGACUUUGACAUGGCUCUUCGUCUUCAGUUGAAAAACUAUAUCAUUCGCUGGGCCACGUACUCUGAUGGUGGAUUCAAGGAGGGUGUUUCUCUGACAGUCGACGAUGAACUGAAUCGCUGGCAAAAAUACUCGUAUGGCUGCAGCGAACUCAUCUUCAACCCACUCAUUGCUUGGUGGAGGCUUGGUCCUAUCAACAAACAGCUUCGCGUCUUUGUGUGGUCAGACGCUCCGAUCCAUUACAAGUUCAGUAUGAUGGCAUACAUGUUCUCUUAUUAUGGUAUCUCCGCGUCAGCAGUCCUAUCACUGCUUAACUACAUCCUGCUCGGACUAGCAAUAUCAACAGAUGGAUACUAUCUUCACAGCUUUGAGAUCUUCCUAGCUAUCUUGGUUGUCUUCCCUGGAUCUGGGAAUUUGGGUUACAUUCUGCUCGAAUACAGGCUAGGCUACCGCGGCCUCAUGGCCUCGCUCAUUGAGACUGCGACCUGGGUUCCAUUCUUCUUCUUCUUCUUCGGCGGCCUCAGCAUCCACCUCACCACCGCCCUCCUCGCCCACCUAUUCUCGUAUAACAUCACAUGGGGAGCGACGAAGAAGGAGGUUGAGCGCUCCAACUUCUUCAUCGAGGUGCCGCGUAUCCUGAAGCGCUUCUGGCUCGCUUUCUUGCUGUGCUUUGCCACGUUCGCGCUCAUCAUCAUCAUGAGUCUGCCCUUCGUCGGGCCUGACUGGCAGAUCUCGGGUGACUACUGGGCGGUCAUUCUGCCCCUCACGCUUGUUGCGGGUAGUCACAUUCUCUUCCCGAUUGUGCUUAACCCGUAUUUGAUGGUUUUUUCUUAUUGA